AUGGUUAACAGCUUGUGGUUCAAAUGGAAGAAGCUUCGCCUGCCCUGGCGCAAGUCCUUCUUGGUCGGUGAGGAUCUCGCCGGAAAUACCUUUUGGGAGUUCAAAGAUGUGAUGAAUGCUGCUCGAUUCCGACGCAUUGUUCGAUUCGAUCCAAAGACACAUUUUAGUGAUGUUCAAGUGACACCGCAAUGGCACCAAUGGCUGCGACAUGUCCGAGAACACCCCCCGAGCAUCCAGGAGCAGCAGCAGGAUCUUGUCCGGCAGGCGCAAAUCAAACAACUCGCUCGACUGGCCGAUGAACGCUGGGCCAGCAAGGCCUCCGUCCUCGAUAAGCCCAAGACUCAACAACAACCACCAGCAACCCAAAUCAAUGAAGCGACUUUGAAUCAGCCCGCCAAAGCUGAUCCCGCGCAAAAAAUACCGGCUUCAACCGCAUCCCGCGAAACAGCCCCGAAGGCCAAACCCACACCAGAACCGAAGACACAAAAGGAGGAGAACCCAUGGGCCAAGGCGAAAAAGACCAACCCAGGUGAGGAGUGGCAGCCUGAAGCGUGGUCUCCUAGUUCCAAGCGGUGA